UACAUAUAAAAAGUAUUUUCGGUAGCUUUAAAACGUCAAAAUCAAUAUAAAUAACAGAAAUUAGUUUCCUUUGAUGACACCUUAUUAAAUUCGCUUUAAAAGCAAACAUAUGUAUUUAUUUUGGGAAAUUUUAAGAAAAUUUGUGUUAAAAACUACAUUUUAUUAAAAAAAAAUCUUAAAAAAUCAAUUUAUACAAUAAAAAAUAUUGUCAAUUCAUAGGUAUUAAACAAAUAAAAUGGGUUGCGAUGGAGGUACUAUACCAAGGCGUGAUGAGUUGGUGCGCCUUAAAAAGAAACCAGAACAGAAAGACAAAGAUGCUGAACGCGAAUUUCGUUGGCUGCACUGUGCCCUAACCCAGCAACGUUUACAAGAACCCAUUGUUAUGUGCGGCCUAGGACGUUUGUAUUCUAAACAGAAUGUCAUUGAACAACUAUUGGAAAAGGAUAAAAUGCCAGAAGCUGCGAAACAUAUUAAAAACAUGAAAGAUAUUAAACAAUUGAAUUUAACUCCCAAUCCAGCAUUUACUGAAGAAGACAAAACAGAGGGUUUGCUAGACACCCGACAUGCUCCCUAUAUCUGCAAGUUAAUAGGUUUAGAAAUGUCUGGUAAAUUCCGUUUUGUGGCCUUAUGGUCCUGUGGCUGUGUUAUGUCCGAGCGCGCUUUAAAAGAAAUUAAAGGCAGCUCAGCGGGUACCUGUCCCAUUUGUCAACAAGCAUUUGCUGUGGAAGAUGUGGUAGUCUUAAAUGCCAGCGAUGAAGAUUUGGAAUUGAUGAAAGUAAAAAUGGAAAUGCGUCAGGCUAAAAAGAAAGCUAGUAAGAAGGAUAAGAAAGAUAAAAAAGCAAAGGCAAAUGAAGCAGAAACGCCAGAAAUUAAAGAAGAAAACUUGGAAACUAAUUUACCCUCAACCAGUAAAUCGGCGGCUGCAGAGUUAGCAAAUGGUACACAAACUAAAGUAAAUGGCACCACAAGUUCAUCGUCGGCAUCAUCUCAAGCAGCGAAAACCAAAAUUAUUGCCAAUCCCAAACGUUUAGGUGUCACAUCGGGUGCGUUAGAGGAUCCUGAGAUUAAACGUUUGAAAACCGAUUAUAGUGUGGCCAAAGAUCCCAAAGCUAGUGAUGUUUAUAAAUCAUUAUUUACUUCGCAUAAGAGUGAACAGGAACAGACGCGGGCUCACUGGGUUACUUAUAAUCCGUUUUAUAAUUAAUCUUUUUUAAUAUGUAUAGCGUAAUAUUUCUUAGUUAAGAAUCUGUAACAAAUUAUGGAAAAUAUAAAUAAAAAUAUAAAAUCAAGUCAUCAAAACUAGCGAAAAAAUACACUUUUUAUCUGAAAAAGUUACAGUAAUUGUUAAUUAAGCUAGCUGAAUAAAUGUUAAUUUUAUCAUUAAUUCAGCUAAAGGAACAUUCUGAAUAAAUUAGAUAUUUUGAAAUAUUAAUAUUCUAUUAUCUUACAAUUUUAGCUGAAUUGUAAGAUAAUUCAGCUAAUUAUUUUUUUUAUUAAAAUUCAGCUAGCUGAAUGAAAAUCUUGUAAAACGAAAACGUUUCUCAUAACUUUUUAUUUAUUGAAAAAACUAUUCAUUAUAAUUCAGCGUUUUUAAGCCGCUUUUAAUAUUUUUCAAUAUGAACUAAAUUUGAAAAUCUCUGGAAUUAUUGUUCAAA